AUGACAACAGAAGAAACGGCCACUGAAGGAACUGAUUAUACCUUGGUUUCUGGGACUGAUCUAACUAAAACACCUGAACGUGCAACAACUACAUUUGAAAGUUCUACUUCAACUGAUUUGCCUACAGGUACUUUCUCAACAGAAGAAACGGCCACUGAAGGAACUGAUUAUACCUUGGUUUCUGGGACUGAUCUUACUAAAACAUCUGAACGUGCAACAACUACAUUUGAAAGUUCUACUUCAACUGAUUUGCCUACAGGUACUUUCUCAACAGGAUUUAUAACAGAAACAACAACUUCUGAUGUUGUGUCAUCAACAUUACCACCUAUUUCCACCCGAGAAACAUUUGAAACAACAGCUCAAAUUGAAUCUACUCAGAACAUUAUUACAACAGAAGAAACGGCCACUGAAGAAACUGAUUAUACCUUGGUUUCUGGUACUGAUCUAACUAAAACAUCUGAACGUGCAACAAGUACAUUUGAAAGUUCUACUUCAACUGAUUUGCCUACAGGUACUUUCUCAACAGGAUUUAUAACAGAAACAACAACAUCUGAUGUUGUGUCAUCAACAUUACCACCAAUUUCUGCCCAAGAAACAUUUGAAACAACAGCUCAAACUCAAUCUAAUCAGAACAUUAUGACAACAGAAGAAACGGCCACUGAAGGAACUGAUUAUACCUUGGUUUCUGGGACUGAUCUAACUAAAACACCUGAACGUGCAACAACUACAUUUGAAAGUUCUACUUCAACUGAUUUGCCUACAGGUACUUUCUCAACAGGAAUUAUAACAGAAACAACAACAUCUGAUGUUGUGUCAUCAACAUUGCCACCAAUUUCCACCCAAGCAACAUUUGAAACAACAGCUCAAACUAAAUCUACUCAGAACAUUAUUACAACAGAAGAAACGGCCACUGAAGGAACUGAUUAUACCUUGGUUUCUGGGACUGAUCUUACUAAAACAUCUGAACGUGCAACAACUACAUUUGAAAGUUCUACUUCAACUGAUUUGCCUACAGGUACUUUCUCAACAGAAGAAACGGCCACUGAAGGAACUGAUUAUACCUUGGUUUCUGGGACUGAUCUAACUAAAACAUCUGAAGAUGCAACAACUACAUUUGAAAGUUCUACUUCAACUGAUUUGCCUACAGGUACUUUCUCAACAGAAGAAACGGCCACUGAAGGAACUGGUUAUACCUUGGUUUCUGGGACUGAUCUAACUAAAACAUCUGAACAUGCAACAACUACAUUUGAAGGUUCUACUUCAACUGAUUUGCCUACAGGUACUUUCUCGACAGAAGAAACGGCCACUGAAGGAACUGGUUAUACCUUGGUUUCUGGGACUGAUCUAACUAAAACAUCUGAACGUGCAACAACUACAUUUGAAAGUUCUACUUCAACUGAUAUGCCUACAGGUACUUUCUCAACAGAAACAUUUGAAACAACAGCUCAAACUGAAUCUACUCAGAACAUUAUUACAACAGAAGAAACGGCCACUGAAGGAACUGAUUAUACCUUGGUUUCUGGGACUGAUCUAACUAAAACAUCUGAACUAGCAACAACUACAUUUGAAAGUUCUACUUCAACUGAUUUGCCUACAGGUACUUUCUCAACAGGAUUUAUAACAGAAACAACAACAUCUGAUGUUGUGUCAUCAACAUUGCCACCAAUUUCUACCCAAGAAACAUUUGAAACAACAGCUCAAACUGAAUUUGCUCAGAACAUUAUUACAACAGAAGAAACGGCCACUGAAGGAACUGAUUAUACAUUGGUUUCUGGGACUGAUCUAACUAAAACAUCUGAACGUGCAACAAGUACAUUUGAAAGUUCUACUUCAACUGAUUUGCCUACAGGUACUUUCUCAACAGAAGAAACGGCCACUGAAGGAACUGGUUAUACCUUGGUUUCUGGGACUGAUCUAACUAAAACAUCUGAACAUGCAACAACUACAUUUGAAGGUUCUACUUCAACUGAUUUGCCUACAGGUACUUUCUCGACAGGAAUUAUGACAGAAACAACAGCAUCUGAUGUUGUGUCAUCAACAUUGCCACCAAUUUCCACCCAAGCAACAUUUGAAACAACAGCUCAAACUAAAUCUACUCAGAACAUUAUUACAACAGAAGAAACGGCCACUGAAGGAACUGAUUAUACCAUGGUUUCUGGGACGGAUCUUACUAAAACAUCUGAACGUGCAACAAAAGAAACGGCCACUGAAGGAACUGAUUAUACCUUGGUUUCUGGGACUGAUCUUACUAAAACAUCUGAACGUGCAACAACUACAUUUGAAAGUUCUACUUCAACUGAUUUGCCUACAGGUACUUUCUCGACAGGAAUUAUAACAGAAACAACAACAUCUGAUGUUGUGUCAUCAACAUUGCCACCAAUUUCCACCCAAGCAACAUUUGAAACAACAGUUCAAACUAAAUCUACUCAGAACAUGAUUACAACAGAAGAAACGGCCACUGAAGGAACUGAUUAUACCAUGGUUUCUGGGACGGAUCUUACUAAAACAUCUGAACGUGCAACAAGUACAUUUGAAAGUUCUACUUCAACUGAUUUGCCUACAGGUACUUUCUCAACAGAAGAAACGGCCACUGAAGGAACUGAUUAUACCUUGGUUUCUGGGACUGAUCUUACUAAAACAUCUGAACGUGCAACAACUACAUUUGAAAGUUCUACUUCAACUGAUUUGCCUACAGGUACUUUCUCAACAGGAUUUAUAACAGAAACAACAACUUCUGAUGUUGUGUCAUCAACAUUACCACCAAUUUCCACCCGAGAAACAUUUGAAACAACAGCUCAAACUGAAUCUACUCAGAACAUUAUUACAACAGAAGAAACGGCCACUGAAGAAACUGAUUAUACUUUGGUUUCUGGUACUGAUCUAACUAAAACAUCUGAACGUGCAACAACUACAUUUGAAAGUUCUACUUCAACUGAUUUGCCUACAGGUACUUUCUCAACGGGUAAAUAG